GGUACACAGCUCUGAUGCCAACUCAUCUUACAUAUUCCCACCGUUUCCAUCGAUUGGCACAUUCCUUCAAUUUACUUUCCCUUCUAACACCAAAAAAUGGCUGGUGGUCUACCGAAUGGCAUCUCAUCUCAACGUGGUACGACCUACAGCAUUCAAUAGUAUCAGAUGUGCGCUCUUCUGUGAUCGUAUCGGUUUCCGUGGUUGCUCUUUUUGCUGUACUUCAGCUAAAAAUGCAGGUAACCGCAUUUCGAUAAGGAAAAACCUUCUUCAAUCUCAAAAUUGCGCAUUUAAGGCCAUAGCUGCAGUGAUUACUUGUGUAUGUAUCAUAGCUACAUCGGUUGGCUGUGUAGCUUUACUGGGUUGGGAGAUUGGAGUAUUGGAAGCGGUGAUUCUUGUACUCGUAGUCGGUCUUUCAUUCGACUACACUCUACAUUAUGGAGCAGCUUUGCCAACGACAGGAUGCAAAUCGCAUAGAAUUCAACGAGCAGCAAAUCUUGCCACAGUACCAGUAACACUUUCUGCGUUCACUUCAUUUCUUGCCGGAGCAUCAAUGCUUUUUACACAGACGCAUGCUUUUUCGCAGGUAGGAGUAUUUCUCAUCGUACAAACAGUAUCCAGUUGGAUAUUCGCGACAUUCUUCUUCUUACCACUGCUCUCUCUCACACUUCCCGGUGGGAAAACAGAAUGUGCCGAAUGUGACAAGGCGACUCCAGGAUCUUUUCCCAUGCAGGAGAAAUAUCGUUCAUAG